AUGCUGAAAAACGAUAACGGAAAGGUUUUCGAUUGGGACCAAGAACUGCCUUCAUCCAUGCGAGACACUUGGCUCUCAUAUUGCACUCAACUACCACUGCUUAACAAUCUACGAAUUGAUCGGUUUGCCAUUGCGACGAGUGCUGCUUCCAUCCAAUACCACUUUUUCUCUGACGCUUCAAAGCAUGCGUAUGGUGCGUGCUGCUACCUCCGAUCAACUGACACAUCUGGUGCAAUUAAAGUUACCCUACUGACUGCCAAAUCAAGAGUUGCUCCAUUAAAACAGCAGAGUAUCCCUAGACUCGAGCUAUGUGGAGCCCUUCUUGCAUCCGAAUUGUAUCAAAAGGUGACAGCAGCUCUUGAAAUAACUGGCGAGACCUUUUUCUGGGUCGACUCGACGACGGUUAUCAGCUGGCUUCAAGCUACUCCGUCAUCGUGGGCCACCUUUGUUGCCAAUCGGGUCUCUAAGAUCCAACUUACCACGCAAAAUUGUUUCUGGCAACAUGUCGCUGGGCAGGAAAAUCCAGCGGACUGUCUGUCUCGUGGAAUUCCAGCAGAAAACAUCCUCAACAACAAACUCUGGUGGCAAGGACCAAACUGGCUUCAACUUGAUCAACAAUCUUGGCCAAGUGAGUCACCGAAUCAAACUUCUGAUGGCGAAAUUCUUAUGGAAGCAAGGAAACAAAGCUCAACGGCAUGUCCGGCGUCUACGGAACCAUCAUUCGUCGAUAUUCUCGUGGGAAACUUUUCAAAUUUGAACCGGCUUCUGAACGUAGUCGCCUAUUGCCAGCGAUUCAUUCGGCAUUGCCGACGGCAACCUAGUAUCAACGCGGAUCCUACCUACAUCACCACUGAAGAACGACAUACUGCUGAAAUCACUAUAAUUCGACUAAUUCAACAACAAUCCUAUCCUGAAGAUUGGAAGCAGCUUAAUCUAAAAAGAUCCGUGUCACCUAGGUCCCGCCUAAGAUGGGUCAAUCCAUUCAUCUCAUCUGAGCAGGUCAUACGAAUCGGUGGUCGGUUGAAUCAAGCACCUCAGCCUUUCGACAGCAAGCAUCAGCUUCUCCUACCAGCGACACAUCCUUUCUCGAAGCUCCUAGUCCUCCUAGCAUCUAACUUCGGCGGCCUAUGGGAGGCUGCGAUUCGAUCAGCCCAGAAGCAUUUCAAUCGCGUUUUGAAAAACCACACACUGCCGCACGACGAGAUGGAAACAUUACUGACGCAGAUUGAGAGCUGCCUUAACUCUCGCCCUAUAACACCCUUAAGCGACGAUUCGACCGACUUCGAAGUCCUAACGCCCGGACACUUUCUUAUUGGAUCUCCACUUAAGGCUGUUCCACAAAUAGACUCUACUGAAAUUCCCUUUAAUCGGCUCCGACUCUGGCAGCAGACCCAGAAGAUGUUUCAGCUGAUCUGGAAACGUUGGCACGCUGAAUAUCUUUCCACUUUGCAACCUCGCACGAAAUGGUUCAAGCCCCCGAUCGAAAUCAAAAUAAACCAGCUGGUGCUUCUUCGGGAUGAUAAUUCUCCUCCAAUGAACUGGCCAACCGCACGAAUCAUCGAUCUGCAUCCUGGGGCCGACGGGAUUAUCCGGGUUGUCACGGUGCAGUCGCCUACUGGUCGAUUUAUUCGUCCGGUGAAUAAAAUCUGCUUGCUGCCGAUUCCUCCCACGCAAACCACCAACACGGAGAACGAAA